AUGGAGUGGUGGAUGAUUUUAUUGUUGGUGGUACUGCCAUUCCUCGCUAUCCUUUACAACAUUUCACAACAAUUCCACUACUUUACUAGAAUCACUUUCUUCUAUAUUUGCAUUUUCUUUCACGGAAUUGAAUGUUGUAUCACGAUGAUUCCUUCAUGGAUUGCUGGUAAAGGUGCCGAUGUUAUAUUCCACACAUUUAAAAACUGGACUUUAUGGACAGGGAUAAAUAUGGAGGUACGUGGAUUCGACGAACAUCUAAAGAAUCUUGAAGGACCUGCAGUCGUCAUAUGCAAUCAUCAAAGCGCAGUGGAUGUUGUAGCGAUGACACGUGUGUGGCCACCGCGAGGAACUGUAAUGAUGAAAAAAUCUCUCAAAUACAUACCAUUUUUCAAUUUUACAAGUUUUCUGGGAAAUGCGAUAUUUGUUGACCGGUUCCGUCACGACAAGGCGAUGGCACAAGUGGAGUACUGCGUAGAGGAAUUGAAGAAAAGGAAUUUGAAAAUUUGGAUUUUUCCCGAAGGCACUAGGAAUCACGGCAGUGGGUUGUUACCCUUCAAGAAAGGCGCGUUCAACAUUGCUGUUAUGGGCCAGUUCCCUAUCGUACCAAUUGUGCUUUCCAACUAUGAGCCAUUUUACUCAAAACGCAAUAGAUAUUUCAAGUCAGACGGAGAAGUCAUCGCGAAAGUACUCUCCCCUGUAAGCACAAAAGGACUGUCCGUAGACGACGUGCCAGAACUUCUGGAGAAGGUACGUAAUCGGAUGCUAGAAGUCCUUACGGAUAUAAGUCAAGAAGCUGCCGAGAGAAUGAAAAGGAAACGCCAAUGUACAGCGUGA